CUUAUUCUAUUCUUUGAGUUCAUGAAUCACCCAAUCAAUAUUAUUUUAUUCUGUUUUGGUCUAAUCUCCGAUAGGUUUACACUAUCACUUAAAGUAGAGCAAAUAUCUCUCUAGGUAUCUUCCGAAAAUGCAACCAUCACAAAGCAGAAAGCAAAUCCUAUUUUGCAUUUCUACCAAUUAGUCAAGUCACACUUCCGUCGUGUAAAUAUUUUGUUAAUUGCAAUAGAUUCAGACCUCAUAGUUCCAAUUCACACUAAGUCGCUAACUAUUCAUAGGAGGGCGAUUCUCUUUACAACUAGAUCUAAUUACAUUCUAUCACGAAGUUAGUUUUGGCCUAUAAAAGCAAAAUACAAUACAAAAUGUUUAGCCAAAGCUUAUCUCAAGUCGGUAAAGCAAGUUCUUAUACUACUGCUGAUAGUUAUUUUUUUAAACAAAACAAAAUGCUGUCAAAAGUUCUUGUGCAGACGCUGAUCUUGUUGGUUUGUGGAAUGAUCUUAAUAGUUGAUGGAUACCCAUAUCCAUUGAGUGACUUCGGAAUCGAUUCAUCAAAUAAUGACGGAGAUAGUUUGAGUGUCCAAUUGCUGACGCGUGCCCUAGAAGAAGACUCAAAUUUUGUGCUAACGACUUCUUUGUUAGAGAACAAAGCAUCCUCAGAUAAUGGAUACGAUGAAAAUCCUAAUGACUUGGAACUAGCAGAAGUCAAUGUAUUUAGGCCAGUCUUCCGAUAUCGAGUGUCUGUUUCGAAGAAAGUCAAAGGUCCACCGCAAUUUUAGUGAAGUAGACUAUUUUGAAUAUUUUGUGAUUUUUAGUUUAGUGUGUGCAAGUAUUUAAAAAGGAAAAACAAACCAACAAACAAACCAAACCAAAGAUACUUUUUCUGUGUAAAUACUUUUUUAAUAUAAUUGUAAAUUUAAGUACUAAAUAAAUAUAUAUUUUAAAUUAAAUGGUUUUAAAUCUA